AAUAUAAACAAAUGAAACAUCUCUGUUGAAAUGUCAAAAAUAUUUAAAAUGUAUUUAGUUUGAGUUCUGGAAAAGUACAUAAGCCGAAAUUAACAAUGGACGAAGACAACCAAAAGCAGCGUGAACGGCAUGUGCUGCUGCCCGAUGCCAAUGUGAAUGAAACGGAGACGGACGAGCUGCCGGCGGAGGCACCACGGGAGCCACAGCUGCAGCUGCAAUUGGCACUGGAGGAGGAAAGAUUUGCAAACGCCGCCCUGGCAAGCAGUUGGCAACAACGCCAGCAGCUAGACGACGCAAGGGCGUUGGUCAGGGACAUGAUUGACUAUAUGCUGCCAGCUAGCGAGGCUGACAAAGAUGCAGAGAAAGCCAAUGAUGCAGUGCAACAGGAGCAGGCAACGGCGGCAGCAACAACUACAUCCAUCCAUCCAUCUACACCUACAUCGAGUGAUGUGCGUUUGCAGCGCAUUCUACGACUACUCGACUCGUACACACGCAAUCUGGAGGAGCACGUGCUUAGCGUGAAUCGUGGGGAGACUUGCACCUGCACGGAGUUACACCUGACACAAAAUUGUGAGCUGGGCACGCAGACGCUACCACUGAAUAGUCUGCGGGUGGAUGUCACCAGCACAAUCAGACCCAAGAUCAGUGGCAGAGGCACUCAGAUGCAACAGCAGCAGCAGCAACAACAACAACAACAACAACAGACACAAACCGAAUCGCAACAACAACAACAAGCUCAUUUAGAUACGACGGCACCCUGUGAGCGCAGAUAUCAUACAAUCACAAUUAGCGCCAAUACGUCUUCAGCUUAUGCAGCACGUCCGCGGCCGAUCACAAUGCUGGGUCGUAUCAGACAUACCCUGGGCGACUUUGCUGGCGCUUUUUGCCUGUGUCUGCAGGUGAACAAGGAUUGCGUAUUUUGCCUUGGCUUCUUUAUAGCCUUUGUAAUUAGUGCCAGCUUUCUGACCGCGUUCUUCUACCGCACCAUUAACCUUACCCAGUCCACGUUGCGUGGUCCCUUAAGUGUGGCAGAGACUCCGGCAACGCCCAACGAUAUGGUCACCCUGCGUUUCAAUGGCGGUUACUAUUAUAUCUACAACAGUCAGCGGCAGCAUUUUGUAUAAGUCGUAAUCAUCUCUUCAAACAUUCAAAUUUUAUCGUAUUUCAUUUUAUGUUUUGCAACUUGCCUAGGAUUACUGAUUACUGAAUACGCAGGAAGUACUAUUAAAUCGCUACAUUUUCAAUAAUU